AUGCCGAUUACAUGGAUUACAAAGCUGCUUCUUCUAUUUAAGGGCAGUUAUUCUUUUGCUUUCAGUAAAUCUGACAUUAUAUCACCCCUGGAUGACCUUGCCUUUGACAUGUACCAGGAUCCUGAAGUGGCUCAAAUCAUACGUAAAAUGGAUGAAGAGAAACAUGAAGCAGUUAAACAUGAACGCUAUGAUUUUGCAAAGAAACUUAAACAAGCUAUAGCUGACCUUCAGAAGGUAGGAGAGCGUCUGGGCCGUUAUGAGGUGGAAAAGCGCUGUGCAAUUGAGAAGGAGGACUAUGACCUGGCUAAACAGAAGAAACAGCAAAUGGAUGAUUAUAGGAUGAAGGUUUAUCAGCAACUUGAGCUACAUAGCUUGCUGGACAUGGGAAUGAUCCGAAAGUUUCCUGAGAUUCCUCUUGAACCAGUGGAUCAUCUUAAUAGAAUUCAACAGCAGCAAAUGGUAUUGGGACCUAAAUCUGCACCAACUGUGAAAACCCAUCUGCAGGAGUCAUCUGAAGAAAGCCUCAGGCCAUAUCAGACCCCUGGAAAGCCACAAUGGUCUCCCAUAUCGCAGCAGUUUUCUUCUACUCCACCUGCUCGAUUACCUUCUCGAAGGGUCGAUACCAGCUCACUUCCCUAUGAUGAGAGGCCACUCCCAGCUCAACGCAAACCUGCAGAAUUAUUUGGCAUACCACAGUUGGAGGUUAAUGAGUCAACUGCAGUAAACCCGGACUCUUCACCUACACCAAGAAGUGGAAUCACAGGAGAGCCAGAGCCACUGACUGAAAAAGCUUUCAGAGAGGCUAGUUUUGCCAUUGACUUGUUUGGCGAGGCUCUGGUGGCUGGUGCCUAUUCUAAAACAUGGUCAUACAGAGAAGAUGCUUUACUGGCUGUGUAUAAAAAGCUUUCCACAGUUCCUGAAGGUACACCCAAGGAUGAAGUAAAGAAUUUAUUGAAAGCAGCAAUCUUCCUCAUUCGUAGAGCUAUUAAGGACAAAGUGUCAUCUGUUUUUCAAGCAUCGCUGAAGUUACUAAAAAUGCUGAUCACACAAUAUGCUCCCAAACACAAGUUGGGCAAAGUAGAAAUCACGCAUUGUGUGGAGAGAACAUUACCCAUUCUCCUUAGCAAGACUGGUGACGCCACAACACAUCUUCGGUUGGCUGCAAUGAAUUUCAUCCAGGAAAUGGCACUGCUUAAAGAAGUACGACCUCUUCUCAUUAUCCCACCCCAGUUAAUGCAGCCUUUGAAGCCACAAGUUCCAGGUCGCUUGCUAGUAAAUCAAAUUGAGUUGGUGGAACGCUUGCUGAAGGAGUUAGGUACAGAUAAUAGUGGCUUCACCGUAGACAAUGUCAUGAAGUUCGCAGCAGGAGCUUUGGAACAUACUGCCUCUGAGGUCAGGGAUACAGCUGUACGGAUUGUCCUUGAAAUGUAUCGACAGCACAGGAGUGCUAUUUUGCAGUACCUUCCACCCGAUGAUGCAAGUACGCGCAGGAAUGUGCUAUACAAAUCGCUCUUUGAUGGAUUUGCAAAAAUAGAUGGGAGGCCAACAGAAGCUGAGCAGCGAGCAUACAAAAAGGCAGCUGCAGAAGAGGCAGAGAAGAGAAAGAAAGAAGAAAUAAGGGCCCUCCAGGACCAGCUAGCGGCAUUGAGAGAAAUACAGGCAGAAGUCCAGGCUGAAAAGGGGAAAGACACAGAAAACAGUCAAGUUUCUAAAACAGAUCGUGGGAAUAAAGCUUCAGCCCCACAUGCAGAGAUGAGAGAUGAUCAGUCCUCAGUUACGAAUUAUUUAGAUAAUUUAUGUAUUUUCUGUGGAGAGAGAAAUGAAAUGUUUACAGAUGAAGGUCUGGACAUCCAUUAUUGGAAGCACUGUCCGAUGUUGAGACGUUGUGAACAUUGCAAGCAGGUGGUAGAAAUAGCCACUCUCACAGAGCACAGGCUGACCGAGUGUGACAAGAAAGACAGUUUUGGAAAAUGUCAUCGUUGUGGUGAGGCAGUAGCAAACGAGGACCUGCAGGAACACCUCAAGAUGAAAAGUUGCAAUGCUGCCAAGCCUGAGAAAGUUGCUAACCACUGUCCACUGUGCCAUGAGAACUUCCAGCCAGGGGAGGAGGGCUGGAAAGUGCAUCUCAUGGGAAGAGAUGGCUGUAAAAUGAACCUCCGUCGAAUGCAGACAUUACAGAAGACCCAGCAACUCCAGCAAGAAAAAUCUGGGACACUGGCUACUUCUAGGUCUGGUCCCACUGGGAUUAAAGGACGUUCCCCACCCUCCAGCAGCAAAAUCCCUGCUCCAAGAGCUGGAUUAAAUAAAACAACAAAUUUAUCUUCAAAUCGACGAUAAACUCUCACCAUACAAGGUCAAGUUAUGGCAAUAAACCUAAAAAAAAACUCUGCACUAUGAAUAUUGAACAGUCAGAUUGCAAUGUCAGUUCUGGACACGCAGGGCUGUGAAGUAAUUGACGGGUGAAAGACUGUUUGCACGAAGGCUAAUCACAGUAGAACAUGCUUCUGAUCUGUUGGAGUCAUUUUGAUGUUCUGUGAAACAUCCAUCUCAGCCAGGCUAGCCUUCAACUUAAUUCCUUAAAGAAUUCCAUUGGUACUAAGGAAAUGAUUUUUGUUAAAUGAUUAAGCUUCUUCUGAAUGAAAACAGAACUGUAAAAGUACACAAUAGUUAUUUUGCAAUACAUUCAUCUCUUAUGCUAUAACAAGUUAUAAUUUGUUACAUUCACAUGUUUUCCUACUUGUUUUCUUUUUAUGCAACAGGUUUGGAAAGGAAUUUAAUCACAUUGUUAUGAUUGAUCAAUUAUAGCAUUCCUUUGGAAUAUAUUAAAGACUAUACAGAAUUAUCUCUUCUAAACUGAAUGUAUCACCAACAACACUUUCAUUUGUAGUGAAAUACUACAUGUGUUUGAAGGAGGUGCUGUACUUUGAUAGUUGGUCUUAAGUUCAGAGACGAAAGUUUUUUUUGACUAAUUAUUUGAAUAACAUGCAAUUCAUCAGAGAAUUGAGCUCAUCGUGGCAGGACAAAUCAUUCACUGUUAAUAGCCAGACUGAAAGCUGGAACUGUUGUUCACUACGUAAAAUCUCGCUAAUAUAAGUGGUUGCAGUAAACUAGUUUUAUGCAAUAAAUCUGUGAAUCUGACACUGGAGCUUAAUUUAAGAUAAAUUGAGAAAAGCUAGACACCUGAAGCUCCCAUUACAGUUCUUUCAUGCAUCUGUAGCCUAUAAGUCUGAUUGCUGCUUCAGUGUGAAUAGAAUCAUUGAUUAGAGUAAAAUGACAUAGCUUUGCUUCUAUAAACACUUAUCAAGGAAAAUACUGUUGGUAAAAAUACACUAGGGAGAAUCAUGAAAUAACAUUAAAGUAUUACGUUUCUUGUUUUGAUGUUAAAUAACUGCUUAGAUGAAGUGCAUAGCAAAGCAUUGGUUUGGAAGGAUCGCAAACAUAACAGGACCCACUCGAUUAUCCAUCUAUCUACAUUGUACAGGGAUUAUUAAAUGCCACCAAAUAUAAUACAGGCAGAAUCUCAAAAGAUGCUGCCAAAAAUCAGUUCAGUACGUUUUUUUAAUAUUAAAACCCUUGUAGCUCAAUACUUAAACUUGUGAAAAUUACAGAAUCCUGCUCAAUAUUUUCCAAAUGAUUUUGGGAGCUGUGUUGCCCAAAUUAAAAUAAAAUUGCCCUUAAAUAUGGAUUGUUUGAUUGGCAUUGUGGUUUUAGGACAUCUAAGAAAAUAAAUUGCAUGUGUCUCAGCUCAUUUAUUGAAAGCCACAAAAUUGAAGUGCAAUAAUGGAACAGAUAAGUGUUUCUUACAUAGAAAGCCUAAACAUCAAAUUAAACUUGGUCAGAAAACUGGAGCAUUAAACAAAAGAUCAAUUUUAAUUGCUAUGUUGCAUAUUCACAGACUAUUGCCAUAUGUUCUAUUUGAUACUGCUCUGUAGAAAAAUCUAAUUUGUAAUUUUUGGAGCAAAGGAUACUGAUACAAUAUUUUGAAGUAAAAUAGGGUUGAUGUAAUUAUCCUGGGUCUCCAGCUUGCCAAGGUUGCAGCCAACGAAAAACCCCAGCAAAUGGGUUUUGGUGCCAGUACCCACCUAUUUUAUAAACAGGUUGGUCUUUGGGCAGUAGCCAGAAGAUAUGAAAACUAAUGACCUUUUCAGCUGUUUUGGACUGGGGAAAAGAAUCAGCCCUGGAAGGUUAAAAAAGCAGGAGAACAUCAUCUAUGUUAGCAAAGUAAUGUGACCAAGUUUAAAAAAAAAAGUGCAAGUUUUCAAAAUUUAAAAAACACCUUUGCAAGUAAAUUUCAUAAAUCCUUUCCUGAGAACCACCAAGAAUGGUAAAUGAAUGGAACACUUAGGUGAACAGUAUGGAAAUAUUUAUUUUGCAUUUUAGGUUAGCAGGUAAAAAAUGCUGUGUAUUAGUUACAAAAUCUACUGUUAUCAGCACUGUGGAAGAAUUUCUAGCUCCAUCUCCUAGACCAUAAUCGCCUACCGUUCCCCAUAGCCUGAGUUAGCUCAUUUAGAAGCAAGUAAAAUUACGAAGUCAACUAUAAUGUAUCUUUUGCAAAAAGCCUUGGGUGAUCAAGAUGUAUGUUGUUCUAACUCCAUGAUUUGAGAUAUUUGAGAAACUGAGUGAACUAUUGUAGGUAUAGGUGUUUUUAAAAAAAUGUAUAUAAUUGCAAUUACAUAUCUAAUUAAAAAGAGACUGACCAUAAUUUGUUCCUGAUUUUAGCUUUUCAGCUUAAAAAGCAAAUAAUUUAUUUCACUUAUUGUUCAUAACCUUGUCAAAUGUAUAUUUGUAUUUAUUACAGUCAUUCCUGGAAUACAGAUUAUUCCUCGAUUGCCAAGUUUCGAUUUUGUUAAAGCAUCCAAGGUGGUUUUGAUUUUGUAAUCACAAGCUCAUUGUUCACAAUAGAUUGCAAUGUACAUUUUUUUUUAAACUAUUUCUUCCAUGCUAAUUUUUUUCCCUUGCGUCCCUUCUUGAAAGUUUUGGGGGGUUUUUUGGCUAAGGUACAGUGUGGGUGUUAAUCAGUAAUCUCUGUCUUGCCCAAGAAAGUAUUGUUCAAGUAUCCACUAAUUUGUCACUCAUGACUGAGCACACAUUUCCAAAACUGUUCAUUGAUUUAUGCACGCAAGUUGUUACUUUGAUGGCUUUUCUCCCCAAUCCAAGGAACAGUGAGAAAAAUGUUAAGAGUCACCACCUAGCAAAGACUAUUGAUUGCAUUGAACUUCAAUAAUCUGUGAUUUAGCUGGUCAUUGGGUGAAGUCCAGUUAUGUUACCUCAGUUAUCUUUUUGAAUCUCACAAGACAGGGAAAAGAAAGGAAGAAGGGGCACUUUGAGUGUAAACUUGCAAGCUUCUUUCAAAAUAUAAAAUGGAUUGGAGAAACUUUUCUCCAGAAAGUGGAAGAAAGAAAUGCUGGUGUUGUAGUCAGUCCACAGAAGGUUCACUGGGCUGACAGAGGAUAUGGAGGAACUGUUUUAUGAUGAGAGAUUGAGUAUGCUGGGCAUGUAUUCUUUGGAAUUUAGAAGAAUGAGAGAUGAACUUACUGACACAUUUCAGAUUCUUGAGGGACUUGACAAGGUAGAUUGGAGUUAUUUCCUCAUGUGGGAGUGUCUACGAUAUAAUUGCAAAAGGCCCAUUUAAGUCUGCGAUAAAGAGAAAUUUCUUCUGAGGUAGUGAAUCUGUGGAAUUCUUUACGAGGGUUGUCGAGGCUAGGUCAGCGAGUAUACUCAAGGCCAAGACAGACUUUUAAUCAGUGAAAGAAUCGAGGUUAUGAGGAAAGGGUUGUAAAGUGCAUUUGAGGAUAACCUAUUAUUAUGAUGAUCUCAUUUAAUGGCGGAGCAGACUCGGUGGGAUGAGUGCUCCUGUGUCUUAGGCAGAGACCAAAUGGAAAAUCAUUUUGCUCUUUAUUUAAAAACCAAAAGAGUUAUGGAAGCUGUAAAUCGGAAGAAAAAACAGAAGUUGCUGGAAAAGCUUA